CCCAAUCUCUGGCUCUUACAGAUGCGGCCUAAAGUCAUGUGGCACCUCCUUCGCCGGUACAUGGCAUCCCACCUCCACUCCCUGCGGAUGGGUGGCUACCUCUUCUCUGGCUCCCAGGCCCCCCAGUUGUCCCCCGCCCUGAUGAGGGCCCUGGGCCAGAAGUGUCCCAACCUAAAACGCCUCUGCCUGCACGUGGCCGACCUGAGCAUGGUGCCCAUUACCAGCCUGCCCCGCACCCUGAGGACCCUGGAGCUGCACAGCUGUGAGAUCUCCAUGGCCUGGCUCCUCAAGGAGCAGGAUCCCACUGUACUGCCCCUGCUUGAGUGCAUUGUGCUGGACCGCGUCCCCGCCUUCCGCGACGAGCACCUUCAGGGCUUGACACGCUUCCGGGCCCUGCGCUCACUGGUGCUGGGUGGCACCUACCGGGUGACUGAGACAGGACUGGAUGCCAGCCUGCAGGAGCUGAGCUACCUGCAGAGGCUUGAGGUGCUGGGCUGCACCCUCUCAGCCGAUAGCACCCUGCUGGCCAUCAGUCGCCACCUCCGAGACGUGCGCAAGAUCCGGCUGACUGUGAGGGGCCUCUCUGCUCCUGGCCUGGCUGUCCUGGAGGGAAUGCCAGCUCUGGAGAGUCUGUGCCUGCAGGGUCCCCUCAUCACCCCAGAAAUGCCCUCUGCCACUGAAAUCCUCUCCUCCUGCCUUGCCAUGCCCAAGCUCAGAGUCCUCGAGUUGCAGGGGCUGGGGUGGGAGGGCCAGGAGGCUGAGAGGAUCCUGUGCAAGGGGCUGCCCCACUGUAUGGUCAUUGUCAGGGCCUGCCCCAAAGAGUCCCUGGACUGGUGGAUGUGAGUGCUCCACCUGUUCCUGUUGAGCCCUAGCCUCUGAAUGAACAGUACCUCGAAGAGUUCAGGCAAUCAGGCCUGAGGGAACUGAAGGCCACAGGCAGACAGAACCCGGGCCUCAGGGGCCUCCAGACAGUUGGAAUCGUUUGCCAGCUGUGUAACCUCAGUCACAUCAGCCAGUCUCUCUGAGGCCCAGUUCCCCAUCUGGAAAUAGGAAAGACCACAGCUACCUCAUGGUUAUGUUGCAAGGCCUUACUCUUUUCUCUCUCUUUUUUUUGGCGGCUGGCCAGUACAGGGAUCCGAACCCUUGACUUUGGUGUUAUCAGCAUUGCUACCAGCUGAGCUAACCGGCCAGCCCAAGCCUUACUGUUUAACAGCCCCUGUGCCCAAGAAGUCCCUCUAUGAAGGGUCAGUCUUAGGAACAGGACUGAUGUAGAAGGGUGGGGAUAAAACUUAUGGGAAUCUGAGGGGCCAAGCCCCCUUAAGAAGCCUGGAAGAACUAUCUAUGUAUGUGCACCCACAUACCCCUUGAAUGCCUACACACAUGCAAGAGACAUGCAAUAGACACAGAGAGGGCAAGUGAGAUUUGCAGUUUGAGGAUCAAAAUGUUAAUAAACAUUCUCAGUUAUUUUCUAUAUUUUGUAUUCCACAUUUUCCAAAUUUUCCACAAUAU